CUCAAUACCAACCCUUAGCAAAUUUCCUCAAUUUAUCUGAUUCCUGUAGUUUUUGCUCUUAUUUAUAUUUUUCAAGUAAAUAAACGUUUCAUUCGUUUAUUCAAAUAAUUGGGAUUAAUAUUUUUCUUGAUGGAACCGUACGAUGACUCAUGUCUGCCUACAAAUCCCACUACUGAAAACGACUAUCAUGGGAGCUUUCCGUAUUGUUCUGUUCAUGCGCAAAUAUUUAGUUAUGUAUCAGACUGUAUGAUAAUGCGAAAAAAAGCACCUGCAAACGAACAAGAGGCUUUGCGUGAUGUGGUUUGGGAGACACGAACUAUUAACAAAAAACUCCAUAUUACGCCCAUUCAUCCAAACAUUACGUCUGUGCUGAUCGUUUCGAAACCUGGAGAUGAAGAAGUUGAGGAAAAAGUACGAGAAGUCAUAGACUGGCUAUUGUCUUUGGAAAAUAUAGUUAUAUUUAUUCAGAAAAGUAUGGAAUCUGUGUUCCCAAAGCACGAAAGAAUUCAGUAUUGGACCACUUUAUUAUGUACCAAACAUUCACAGCUCUUUGAUUUGGUUUUGACACUUGGCGGUGAUGGAACUGUGCUCUACACGAGCCGUCUUUUUCAAAGAACUGUCCCUCCAAUCAUGCCUUUUGCCAUGGGCACUCUGGGAUUCUUAACACAUUUUGACAUUAAUAAUUACAAAAGCACUAUUCAAGAAAUUUGCAAAGAAAUGUACAUCCAUUUACGAACUCGCUUUGAAUGCCGCGUUAUGAAGAAAAAGGAUAGGACCAAAUUUAUUAAUUUAGAUAAUCAUCUGUCACAAUCCCUAUGUGAAUCCGAUACAGAUACACAUGAGUUUACAGAUUCCUUGGUAGUUUUGAACGAAGUCGUUAUUGAUAGAGGCCCCAAUACAGCAAUGAGUGAUUUAAUGUUAUACGUCGAUUCCAAGUACUUGACGACUGUAAAAGCUGAUGGACUCUGUGUAUCUACACCAACAGGAUCGACUGCUUAUUCGCUGGCGGCUGGCGGUUCGCUUUGUCAUCCUGAUAUUUCCGUUAUGAUAGUUAGCCCGAUUUGCGCACAUUCGUUAAGUUUACGACCCAUCCAUGUUCCUGAUUCAAUGGCUCUCCAUGUCGUUGUUCCUCAAGAUGCUUCUCAAAGUAGCUGGAUUUCUUUCGACGGGAGAAAUCGAACUGAAUUACUACAAGGAGAUUACUUGACCGUUCGUAUUUCCCGAUAUCCUUUCCCAACUGUGCAUUCCUCAGAAGAAGAUGCUGAUUGGUUUGAGAGUAUUAAACGAACAUUAAUGUGGAACCAAAACUGAUUCAAAAUAUAUGAGAAAAUGGGUCAUAACUAUAUCUUAUACAUAUUAACCGGUAAUGAAAUUUUUGUACAUUCUUCACACAUAACAUAAAUCUCUUGUUCUUUCUCC